GGGUUUUUCCUCCAUCAGAAAGCGAAGAAGCAAGCUGCGAAGAUUAUAUUAUUCUGUUGCGCUCCAAAGAGGGGACGGGGUCCCAGCUGUAUUUUAUAUUCAAACUAUACGCCAAGAUAUAGGCCAUUGAUAUUUUAGGAAUGGUGUGUCAGGUCCCGUAUAGGAGGCUGAGAUGAAAUAGCCUAGACAUGAAGAUGAUUUCAACACGCCCAAAGCAAGCGAUCACUGCCAUCACCGCUCACGGGUGAACACUCACAACGGGUACUAGAAAACGGUCUCAUACCACCCCGAGACGGUCGAUUGAGAGUGUGAGAGAGACACACAGAAGAGAAGAGGAGAAGAAAAAGAGAGAUAAAAGGACUACAGAAGACAUUCUGACCGGAGCAACCACCAAGAAGGAUUUAAGACAUUUUGAAAAACCUCCAAGAAGUUGUUGUAUACAUCUUAUAACGUUCCUCUAAAAAAAAAUGUCUCCUCGUUUGAAUUGAGAAACAUUUACUGAGAAGUGACAGUGACGUUUCCGGUUGUAGUCAUUCUCCUCUUUGUGGUUUACAGUAACAGUUUAUUGUAAUUUUGGACUCACAUGUCCGUUUGGACGAAAGCACACCUGUUACUUUUCUCACAUUUCUUGAUUUGGAGCUGAGUGUGAGGUGUGAAAGCCAGAGGGAGGGAAGGGGAAUUUGGCUAUUUGUUUCUUUUUCUUUCUCUUUCGUCUUCUCGCUUAUUGUUCCAUUUGUGGGUUCAAGAGGAAGGGAAAAAGGGUUUCCAACUGGGUAUCAGUGACAUUCCGUUCUGGUUUCACCCGAGGACAAGUACCCCCGUGUGUGAGAAAAGCUAUAAGACUAUAAUAAGAGCGGAAAAGGAAAGAAGCAACCGUGUGUCACUUUCUGGGAAAAUGGGAUCAGAAAAGGACUCGGAAUCCCCCCACUCCUCGGUGAGCGGCAUUCCCAACCCCAAAUGCCGGGCAUCGGGAAAACGGCAAGGACGCAUCUCCUUCCACAGCCUCUUCCACAGCAAACGGGGUUCCCGGAGCGCCAAAGCAGGUGCGGCUACCCCUUUAUCUCAGCUCCACAACCAACACCAUCAACAACAGCAACUCACCCCUGUUGUUCCCCCCGUAGGCCCUUCCACCCCCACACCUAACCCAGCCCCUACCACCACCGCGACGGACGUUCCCCAGGGCCCAGCCACCGCUCACACCUCCACCCCAGCAGAGCACCUCUCUUCCAGCCGGACCUCCCUGGGUCCGCCCCAGUCCUCCAGCUCCACCACCUCCAGCGCCUCUCCUCCAGCAGACUUCCUGGAGUGCCCCCUGUGCCUGGUGCACCAGCCCCCCGAACAGCUCCCCGAGUUGCUGGGAUGCAGCCACCGCUCCUGCCUGUGCUGCCUGCGCCAGUACCUGCGCAUCGAGAUCACAGAGAGCCGCGUCCACCUCCGCUGCCCCGAGUGCUCGGAGCGACUGGCACCUCAUCAGGUGGCGGACAUCUUGGGCGACGCAGCGCUGCUGGAGAAGUAUGAGGAGUUCCUUCUGCGACGCUGCCUGGCCUCCGACCCGGACUGCCGCUGGUGUCCUGCGCCCGACUGCGGGUUUGCAGUGAUCGCUUCGGGCUGUGCCAGCUGCCCCAGGCUGGUGUGUCGUAGAGAGGGCUGCUUGGCUGAGUUCUGUUACCACUGCAAGCAGGCGUGGCACCCCAACCAGACCUGUGACUCGGCCCGCCAGCAAAGGUCACUCUUCCUGCACACGCAUAGCAACCACUCACCCAGCUACAUGCAGGAGCACGGGCCCGCUGAUGAUAUCAAGCCCUGCCCACGAUGUGGUGCCUACAUAAUCAAGAUGAAUGACGGCAGCUGUAACCACAUGACCUGUGCAGUGUGUGGCUGUGAGUUUUGCUGGCUCUGCAUGAAGGAGAUCUCUGACCUGCACUACCUCAGUCCAUCAGGGUGUACGUUCUGGGGAAAGAAGCCAUGGACUCGUAAGAAGAAGAUCCUGUGGCAGCUGGGCACUCUGAUCGGAGCCCCAGUGGGCAUCACCCUCAUCGCUGGUAUCGCUGUGCCUGCCAUGGUCAUUGGCCUCCCCGUCUAUGUGGGGCGCAAGAUUCACGCCCAUUAUGAUGGGAUGAAGACCAAUCGCCACAGGAGGAACCUGGCCAUCACAGGGGGAGUGGCCCUGUCAAUCAUCACAGCUCCUGUGAUCGCAGCUGUCAGUGUGGGUAUUGGUGUGCCCAUCAUGUUGGCGUAUGUCUAUGGAGUUGUGCCCAUAUCUCUGUGCCGCGGAGGAGGCUGUGGCGUCAGCAGAGGAAAGGGGCGUGGCAUGCGGAUCGACUUUGACGAGGACGACGGCCCAAUCACAGUGGCUGAUGCGUGGCGGGCCCUCAAGUCCCCCAGCCUGGGUGAGAGCAGCCUGGAGGGGGCAGCCAGUGGCAUCAGCACCACCUCCCCCAGCGAUGGCCUCUCUGUGGCCCCCGGGGUCCUGGGGGACACCCCCCACUUCAACACUUUGGCCGGGGGCGCCCUUGGAGCCAGGACUGGCAAAUACAACAGGUUGGAGCUCCAGGGAGGGGAGCUGGGGAAGGACGGUGCCCAGAGAGAGACAGGUAGUCUGGGAGCAGGUAGUGACUGUGCCAGCACCCGGGGCAUGGCAGGCUCCAUUAUCUCCUCCUACACACUCCCUGACAGGGACUGUAAUAACCUGGAGAUCCAGGUGGACAUCGAGACUAAACCCAGCCACCUCUGCCUGACCAGUGAGGAAGACCUAAACAUGCCCCCUGCUGCUAUGGCAGCAUGCCCCGGCUCAGGGGGGGAGGAGCCUCAGGACUGCAGCUCCAGAAGGGGCGGGGCUCUGUUUGGCUCAGCUCUAGGCCUGUCGCCAGGGGCGUCGCUCAGGGAGGGGCUUCGCGAUGUCACUCUGGCCCAGCCCGAGAGCAUCCGCAGCGACCUGGAGAUGUCCGACACCCAAUCAGAUGACAUCGCCGAGCUGACGUCAGACGACUGUGACUCGCCUCAUCCCAAGAGCUGCCGGCCCCCUCAACCCCAGGACACCUGCAGACCCCUUGUCACCUCUGACAGCCUGCACUGUCCCCCGGAUAACGUCAUCCUCCAUGUUUAAGAGUCCGACUGACUUUGAGUGCUCUCAGAGAUUGCACAAACCCAAAAUGUUUUUGUUUUAGCUUUUCUCCAUUGAUUGAUUUAGCUUUUCAGUAAUUUUUUUGCUUCUUUAUUUUUAUUUUUUACAACAAGUCUUACCUGCAGACAACACCUAUCUACAUGUCUGUCUGUCAUUCUAUCAACAUGUCGUUCUCCUUGCAGAGAAUUGGCAGGGUUCUACCUCUCUGAGAUUUAAUACAACGAUUUUAGUUUACUUGGUGCAAAAAUGCCUUGGCUACUUAAGCAAAUUGCCAUACAAAUUUGCCACAAGAAAUACUGCUAAAAAAUAGGAAACAAGGUGAAAUGUCACCAAGCACACCAAUGAGUGAAGGAUUGUGGGGAAUGGGGUUUGUACUAUGGAAGGGGAUAUUUUUAGGGAUGUGUGAGUGUGGCAUUUGUACUGGACUUUGUUGGCUUGAUUUCCUAUUUUUUUCUAUUUAUAAUUGAAUGAUCUUGAAUGGUCUUGAAUUUGCUGUGUGCAUGAGUCUGCAUGAACUGCGUUUUGUAUGGGUGUAUAGGCCUACAAGCAGAGUACGUACCUAAUACACUGGUGGAGUUUACAGUAGUUUGUACAGACACAUGACUUUUAGAGGCGAUCUGCACUUGAAUCUCACCUGCACAGAGAAGAAGAAGAAAUUAGGGGUUAACGAGAGUCGAUGUCGUGGAAGAUAGACAAAUACUUAACCAGCAGACCGUUCCACUUGAAUGACUGAAUGCCUGCCUUACAGACAGUGAUGACGCACUCACUGACGAACACACUGGCUUUCUGACAUGCUAGCUGUCUAACCCACUCGAAUAGUUGUGUGUGUGUGUGUGUGUGUGUUUGAGAGAGAGAGUGUGAGUGAAUGUGUAUGAGAGAUUGAAAGUGUGUGCUACUCAAUCACAAAGACUAUAAAGACAAAGACACAAUAUACAUUUUCAGUAGAAAGCAAUAGUAGAAUGGAAGGACUUCUUGUGAUUGUAUUUGUUUGUCCCACUAUCGAGUGAAUUUAUGAAUGAGCACUUGUGCACUUUAUUUAAAUAUUCAUAUUUUUUUGCUAUUCAUUGGCAAGUUUUCGUCCAUUGCAUAAAAUCAUACUUGUACAAUCAUAGCCAAAUGUUGAUUAUCAGAAACCUUUUUACAGUGUAACAACAUUU